AUGGAGGACACCGAGAGCGGCGGCGCAACGACACCUGGGAUGGCGGGGGUAACACGGGGGACGGGAGGGACGGGGAGGGGCACGCGAGGAGGGAGGACACGUAGGGGGCGGCGCGGGGGGGCACGUCGGGGGGGGUGGCUGCCCUGCCGGAGCGCGUCGCUGCUCCCCCGCCCCCCGCCUCCUCGCCCCGUCCCCAGCGCCGGCCGCCGCGGCGGGUGGCCGGCGGGUGGCCGGGCGGGCGCAGAACCGCGGGCCCUGGCGGCGGGCCCGUACGCGGGAGGAUGCCUCCGGUGGCGGGGCCGGGCGCGGGGCGUCGCGGUGGCGGUGGCGCACGGGCUCUGCUCGGGCUCGCUGAACAUCCUGCUGAAGUUCCUGCUGGCCCGCUACCACUUCGCUUUCCUGACGCUGCUGCAGUGCCUCAGCAGCGCGCGGGCGGCGCUGGGGCUGAGGCGCUGCGGCGGCGGGGGCUGGGGCGCUGCGCCCUUCGGGCUCCGCCUGGCGCGCCCCUUCGCCGCCGUGGCGCCCUUGGCCACCCUGCAUCCCACCCUCACCCUCUGUCCCUGCGCGCUCAGCCUCCCCAUGUACGUCGUCUUCAAGCGCUGCCUGCCCCUCGUCCACUCGUCCGGCGCCCUGGUGCUCCGCGAGGCAGCCUCGCCCGGCGUCCCUCGAGUCCUCAUCACUGCGCCGCGCCGAGCUGGUGACCUGACUGGGGAUGCCAUGGGCUAUGUGACAGGCGUGCUGGCUGUGCUGAUACAUGCUGCCUACCUGGUGCUCAUUCAGAAAACCAGUGUAGACAGUGAAUAUGGACCCCUGACAGCACAGUACGCCAUUGCUGUUUCGGCCACACCUUUUCUCAUCAUCUGCUCCUUUGCCAGCAUGGAUUCCAUCAAUGUCUGGUCCUUCCCAGGGUGGAAGGACCCUGCCAUGGUAUGCAUCUUUAUUGCCUGUGUCCUGAUUAGCUGUGCCAUGAACUUUACCACCCUUCACUGCACUUACAUUAACUCGGCUGUGACCACCAGCUUCGUAGGGGUGGUGAAGAGUAUAGCCACCAUCACGGUAGGCAUGGUGGCAUUCAAUGAUGUGGAGCCCACAAGAUUAUUUAUAGCUGGUGUUGUGGUCAAUACCUUGGGGUCUGUCAUUUACUGCGUGGCCAAGUACAUUGAGACCAGACGGCAGAGCAAUUAUGAGGACCUGGAGAAAGAAGCUAGAGAAGAGGAGGGGAAAAGGCAGGCUGGGGACCAAGCUCUGUUUGCCAUGGAGGCAGUUUCCCAGGGGAAGGGGGCUGAGGAAGCACCAGUGGAAGGAUCAGCCACAGGGGACAGCCAGAGCGGAGAGGAAGAGAAGGACAUCACUGAGAAGUCUGCCAAGACACCUGUGCUCCAGGGAAAAUUCACCAUCACACAAGAAGUGAACAGGAGCUCGCUGAAAGAAGCCUAUCUUGGAGUAUGGAGGUUGGUGAGGGGUGCUAAUUAUAUAAAGAAGGAUUAUUUGAUAGAAAAUGAAGAGCUACCAAACCCUUAAAAAGCAGGUUUGAAAACUAUUUCUUGAGGACAGACACCUGGUUCUCUGUACAGGGGAAAGGCAGAGCAUACAUUUUACAUCAACGCUUACAAAUCCAAAUCAUGCAGGAUGACUUUACCUCAUUGUCAAAAAGCAAAAGGUCAUAGUUUGCUCAUGCUUUGGGCUUGCUUUCAACUGCUUUCAGUACAUCACUUUAGUCCCACCUCAGCUAAGGUGUGGAGUCCUCUGCUGCAGACACAGAGAGAGAGUUGGGAAGU